UUUGCGGUGUUGUUCAGCCAGCUGAGACGAUCGUUUGAUGUCGUGCGGAUGUAUAGAUGAUUUGAACCUUUAUCUUAAGCCUUAGAAUAGAUGUUUGAAUGACUAGAUCGGUCGACUUUUGUCAGCUUCGAGUCUGUCACUAGACCCUUCAAUGUUUGAGUCAGUCGUCUAUAGCCAUUGAUAAGAAGUCCUUCUAACGAAGUCCAGAAACAUAGUAGAGUACCUCCUCCGCUAUGGUCGUUGCUGCAGCUGGUGUCCCUUCGUGUGGCCGCGAGUGAAGAGCCUCACCCCAGCACUAUGAAUUAUUGAAGUUUUCGGGAAGGGAGGGAGGAGGGGGCCACACACAACCCGGAUCAUAAUGGCCUCUCCGGAAGACGAACAACUCGAUCCAAGGGUCCAGGUUGAACUUGAGAAACUAAAUACAGCCACAGAUGACAUUAAUAAGUUGGAGUCAAAAUUGGAGGAGGCUAACCAUGUCUUCAGAACAACUCUUACGGAAUCUACAGCACGGCUCAAGGCUUUGGCCAAGAAGUUGGGGAGUUGUAUCGAGAAAGCUCGGCCCUUUUAUGAAGCUCAAGAAUUGGCCAGAAAGUCUCAGCUAGACUGCCAGAGGGCUGCUGUUCAGUACCAAAGAGCAAAUGCAUUACACCAAGCAGCGAAGGAAACAAUAGCUCUGGCUGAAGAGAGAUUUGUCAAUAGUCGUCAUGAACAUUGGCAGUUUGAUUCAGCAUGGCAGGAAAUGCUCAACCAUGCUACAAUGAAGGUCAUGGAAGCAGAGGCUCAAAAGGCUGCCAGCGAGCGAGAGCACAUGAGACGAGCAUCAGCUUUUACUCUGGCUGAGCAGAAGGUCCAACAGCUUCAGAGAGGUCUCAGGUCAUCCAUUAACAAGUCUCUUGUUUAUUUUGAGGAAAAGGCUAACAUUACAUCUCAGUUGGAAGGGCAGAAAGAACGUGUACAACAGUUACAGCGAGCCAUUGCAGCUUCCAAGUCAGCAUAUGCUCAGUCUCUAAGAAGUUUAGAAUUGAUUUCUGAAGAGAUUCACGAGCAGCGUAAGUGCCGUUUACCGCGUGAGCCAGGUGUUGGGGCGGAAUUGACUCCACCAGAAAUUUCAGAUGAUCAAGAUCGUUCUCCCACAAGCGCCAAAGCCUUCACACCCCUCGAAGAAAUGACAGCAAAGGAAGAAAAGUAUUGGGAAACUUUAAGGGAGAAACUUGAAAAACUGCAGGUAAAAAAUGACAGCUGUUCCACAGAGGAAGAAGUUUUGUCUGACACCGGUUCCCCUGAUGGUCGAGAACGAACUGUGACAGGAAGCAGCUGUGCCUCCAUUUCUGCAGUGGAAAUUACGGUGGAAGAGGAGAGAGUUGUAAGUGGUGCGAGUAGUCAAGGUUCGGAAAGUGACGGUGCCCAAAGUCCUACGGAAGGGAAGAAUAUUAUUCUGGCUGUGAAUACCAAUUUGAAUAUUCCUAAACUUGAUAAUGAACCAUGUAGUACAACUGUUGUAGAGGACAAUGAAACCGACAUUGAAGAUAUAGAAAUAAGUUUGGAGGAAGGUAAUGAUGAGGGCUUUUCUGUCUGGGAGGUCACUUCCAAGACAGAAGAUGAUUGCAAAAGUAAUACAGUGGAUAAUAUUCCAACAUCGACUUUGAGAACUAAUGUGAUUCCUAUGGUAAUGAACACUUUAGACAAUACAGGAACUGAUGUGAAUCGGAAUAAGGAUGCUUUGGAGAGCAGGAGCUCUUGCAAGAGUAAUGAAUGUCAGGCUGACAACAGUGGCGACUCCUCAGACUCAGACGAUGACUGUAACCAAGUGAAGGAAAGGGGUGAUGGAUCAUCAUCCCCUCCUCCUGCCAUGUGCCAACCCAGCAGAAUUUUAAGUGUAAUUCCAGAGUAACUUUUUUUAAAGAAAAGGUGUAUCUAGGCUUUCAGCACCCUCUUCAUUCUGUGAUCCUUAAGAUGAAUGAUUGUGGUCAACUCCUUUUUAAGAUAGAUGUCAGAGAAGGAAGUUUUAAUGCCUUUGAAAUGUCUGAAACUAACUUGUAGCAAGUAAGCAUAAAAGUGCUGUAGUCUAUAUUAGGUCAUGAAAUUCAUAACUUGUGUUAAACAUUUUCAUUCAGAUUUUAUGUUCAGUGAAGUGAGUUGUAACAGAACAAAGCUUUGACCUAUUAAACAUCCUACUGUGCUCUUCUAAGUUGUACAUGCCCAUUGGUCUUGUGGAACUGUUUUGAGUCUGCUUUAUUUCUAUCAUUUAAAAAUAUUAGAGUAAGAAAAGACUACAGUAAUUUUUUUUUUUUGAAAGUUGCAAAGAAAAGCAGGUAAAUAGGUUUUAGACUGGAAAAGUAAACAGUACAAGCAGCAAAUCAAAUUUGAGAUGUGAAGCCAUGCAGCUAAAUAAUGUUUGUUGAAGAUUGAAUAUAUACUACUACUUGUUGUGUAAUUUAAACUUAGGUAUAGGUGUAGCUGUUGACAAAUAACUCUAUUUUUAUAAAUUAAUGUUGUCAGUUGUUUAUAAUGAAUGAUUCACCAUAGUAACAAUGAAAUUUAAUGGCAUUUUGUGAUAAAUGGGCUCUGUGAUGGAGGAACAUAUAAGCCUUAAACAUUGACAUUAUUCCUUAGCAAAUUCUUGUUCAUCAACACUUAUUCAUGUUUCUGCUAAAAGAUGUGAUUCAUUGAUACCUUUCACCUCUUGGUAACAGAACAGGUGAGGAGCUGUAUCAUGACAACUUUUUAUUGAGAGCGAUUGUUACAUUUCCAAAGCUCAUUGGGUGAGAGAGUUGGUUUCAACCAGCAGAUUGAUGUUUCUUACUACAAGUGUUCACAUACAGCUGGUUUAUGAAUCUUAAAAAAUGAGUUCAAGAUUUUUUCACAGAAACCAUUGUAUGUAAAAGAUAUUUGUAACUAAAUACUUGACGUCUUCUUGGUUUAGUGUCGUUGUUUUCUCUUGGUGUGGUGCACUCGAAAGGAUUUUGUUAUAUCAGCCAUAUAGACCAGAUGUUUUUGAUACUUGUCAGUCCAAGUAUGAUGGUAAUCCUUUGGAGAUACUGCACUAUUUUUCAGGUAUUUUAGCUGCCUAAUAAUUGUUACAUAAAUUAAUUUUGUGAUUUCCUAGAUACUGCAAUCCUGUUAUUCAUGGUUCUCAUUGAUAUUCGGUGGAAGUCUUGUGGAAGGGAAGAUUAAGAAUAUUGCACAGUGGCCUAAGAAUAAUAAAUCUCUAUCUUUCAGAUGUGUUGAAGAUUAAAAUGUACGUACUAUUGUAAUCAAGAUGAUUUUGAUUCGGUUCUCAAGUUUUGUAGGUUCUAAUUCAAACAUCGAUUUUACCUAUUUGAUAGCUGUUAGGUCUAAUUCAUAACCUUUACAAUUCAUUCCUUGCUGAGUUACAGUGAGGAGUGACAAAUAAUUGAAUGCCUUGACUUUCCUUAUUGGUUAAUUAUAAAGAUUAAUGUCAGUUAUUUAACGAGGAAUAAUAUCCUUGAAAACAAAUUUUUGGUAAAAACUUGUCUAUAUUGUUGCCAAUAUUUGAUUAAAUUUGGAUUUCCUGAUACAGGUUACUUAUUGAGCUACACAGCCUUUGGUCUUGAUUCUUUGUCUUGUUAGUGGAAGAUGCUUCUUUAGGCUACACAUGUGCUAAGGUUCAAAUAUUUUUUGAAGAUCUUGUGCAACGUUGAUAUUCUGCAGUUCUGUGUUCAUUUCAUCAGUUUUUUAUCACCAUUGCAGAUUUAUCUCUGCUCCCUGAAUGAUCAUCCUUACUUGUAAUAGGGUUUAGUUUUUCUUUUGGCAAAGUUAUGCAUGGAAUAUUAGUAAGAGAACAAGACUUAAUUUGUUGUCUUUGUUGCUCUUUAUAUAUCAUAGAAUUAUUUUGAAAAAUGAACCUUCAGUUGUAUCUGUCAUUUUCAUUUCUAUCAGUAUAUAGUUCUUGUUGCGUGGAAACAAAGGAAGGAUGUGCCCAGUGGUAAUGGCAGUUUGAUUUUGUUGAUACAGUUUUCUUUGUCAAACUAUGGUUUUAGUUUUAGUACUAGUAUAUGAAGACUCAUCAAAGCUUUUGACAAAAAGUGACAAGAGCUUAAGUUUUAUGGUCAACAUUUUGCAACAACUUGAAGGAUUCAUGAACUAGUGCUUUUUUCGUAAGUACAUAGGUUUUUUUGUAAAAAGCUUCAUCCUCUGUUGACCUCUGCUGGAUGUUGCAUCAGAAGUAGUGAUAGAAUAGGGAUCAUGGUCACUGAUGUAAUGAAGAAACACUUGGAAAUUAUUAUAUCCCUAGUAAAUAGGUACAUUGUUGAGCAAGUUUCACUUGUGGAAACGUUGCAUUCUUUCACUGGUGCUUCUUAGUCUGUAGAAGUGCUGUAUGGAUGGAUGGGGCUAGUGGGAUGAUUGAUGUUUUAAAAGUGGAUUAAGGCAAUAAAAAAGUGGCUUUGUGAAGUUGCAAAGAGAGCAGUUACUACAUGCAACCUGUGUAUGUGUUCUUACUUAAUUUAAAUAUAUUAUUAUUUUUUUAAAGUAGGAAUAGAAAUGUCUAAUUUUUACGAGUUCAGACUUAGUUCUUUAAAGGAUAACUUUUUAAUAUCAUAGUUAUUGUAAUUGCAUAAUUCGAGAAGCUUAGCAAGUUUAAUCCAGUGAUUAGCUGCAAAAGGUUAUGAAAUUCACUCUUAUCGUAUUUUAAGAUGCAUUAGUUUGUUCCUUUGUUUGAGAUUAGUAGCUAGAGCUUUACCCAAUUAAUAGAUUUUUAAGGUAUUUUUUAGUUAUUUUUUAUCAUAUACUGUAGUGUUGCUGCUAUACUUAGUAGAUUACUGAUGUUUUAUAUCUGACCAAUAUUGUAAGCAAACCAAUGAAUGAUGGAAACAGACUGCUUGAACAGUAAGAUUAUUUACAUAAGAUAUUUAUCCUGUGUGUAGAACACAUUUUGGUCGACGUGUGCUACAAUGCUGUAAACAUGAAAAGCAGGUGCUGUUGUAUGCCAUAUAUGUACUACAUAUUAUAUGGUCUAAUUUAACAUCUGUUGAAUUUGGGAUGGCCAGCGUUACACUGUAGGUUGAGUAGAUAACAAACACAAUGAGCUAGUGCCUUGCAUCAUUCAUUGUUACUGUUAUAAGAAAGUUUAUCUAGGCCACAAUACAGGAAAGAGCAAAGUAGUAUUGCAGUGAACUGCAACAUCUUGAGUAACUGGCUUGAAUGAUAAAUGAAUUCACACAGAGCUUUAGCUAACUGUAAUAAGGUAAGAAUUGUUCCAGUAUUACCACAAGUCCUGACAUUUGCUAGAAUUUGUAGACAUUUCAGGAGUAACAUGCACAUGAUUUUUCAGAUCAUACUUCUGCUGUGGUGUUUCCAUUUAUUAACAAGCAUUUCUGAAAUACUGCUAUGUUGAGGUAUGGAUUGCCAGAAAUAUAUUUUAUACUAUGAGUGCUGAUGAAGUUUUUUCACUCUGCGAUAAGCCUUCAGAUACUGAAGUCAUUGAAAUAAUCCUGUUGGAGUAAAUUCUUGUACUACAUCAUUUUUCCUCCAACCCCCCCCCCCCCCCCCCCAGGUUUCUCAUUUAAAAAUAACUGAUUGAUCUGUCCCAUUCUUUUGUAUGGAGUACUAGUACUUCUCUGUCAUAUGAAGGCCUUUGAAUGGUUCCAUAACUAGUAACAUUUACUAUACUUUCAUCCAAUGUGGUGUUUAACAAUGUUUGUAACAUAGUGGUAGUUUUAGUCUCAUCAUUAAUGGGGACAGAUAAACUUAAGCUAAUUAGAAAGUUCACAUUGCUGUGCUGAAUACUACUUCUUGGAAAAAAUUUAGGACAAGUCUGUUUUCUGACAACGUUUUAGUGAAUAUUCAGUGUAUUGCCCUUGAUCAUCUGGACCAGGUACGUACUUCAUUAAUUAAUUGAACAUGUGUAUUAGUACAGGUUGUCCUGUAAGAAGCAGUUACAGUGUGCUUCUUGAAUCCAGUAUUUGAAGAAAUGGAAAAGUUCAAGAGUAGCCUCACAGAUUAUCAAGACUUCAAUUUACUAGACUUUAUUACUGUAUUAGCUAUGUUAUUAUGAUUGUCUUUUGUUAGGCCAUUUUGUUUUUGAGGAAAUGAUGUAGCAGGUAGACCUAAAUUGAGUUGCUGUAAAAUACUGUUUAAAUUGGGCUAGACAUAUGAAAUUACUGUUGGCUGUGGGAUACAUACUUUAAAUGUUUAUGUGAGCUAUACUAAAAUGUCUUUUAUUACGUAUCAGGUUUUGACAUUUUUUAGAAGGUUAGACCCAAAGCUUGUGAUAAGCCUUGGGAGGUACUGUAUUUAGCUCUGCAAGUAGCACCUAUGUAACUGGCUGUAAGUCACCAUCAUUUUUGUGUUUUGGGGAUAUAUUGAUAUAUAUCAAGGACAGCAUAAUUUUAUCUGUAAAUCUAAAGAUAUCCUUUGUCAUUAUAUUAAUUAUUGUUGUUAUGAAGAAUUGGAACAAGACUGACCACUUGAAUUACAUUUUUAGUGCAGUCUUACCGAACAAUUAUUAUAGUUGUAGGUUCUUUACAGCUGUAAUAAUUGUUCAGUAAGUAUGCAAUAAGAUUACAUUUUAUUAUAAAAAUUACAUUUCUGUGACUCACUGGGCUUGUCCAGGUGAUUUGUUCUCACAUCAGGCAUUAAAAGUAGGACUAAGUCAUGAUUAAGGUGUACAGGUACGUAUAGCCCAGAGUGUACCAAUGAAUAUUUGGAGGAUGCUGCAAAGGAUCAUUGUUACCAUCCAAUGUGAAAUCCCACCAUUAGGGAAUUUUCAAAUUGAUAUUUGUCAGUUCUUGGAAAACAGAACUCUUUCAGGGUUUCAGCUAAGAUAUACAUGUUUUCUUUUUAAGGGUAUAUGAAGAGGGCUUCAGAUAUUGCUUUAUCAUCCCUGCUUAUGUUUGCCUUUUUUAAUUUUUUCUGUUGAAAAUACUACAUUAGUUCCCUAAGUUGUAAGAUUCUAAUUUUAUGAAGCUUUAGCAAGAAAAUCUUUUACAUCUUGAAACCAGCAACUCAGGUGAUUGCAUUUGGAUUAUAAAGGCUCAUGAGAAAUUUCAUUAUGUGGUAGCUAUGAGAGAAUGCUUUCAUCCUUUAGUCAGUUUUUAGUAAGAUGUCUAAUGUAACCAAGACAAUGAUAACAGUGCCUUGUAGGACUUUAGCUUGAUAUCACAUAGAAUUUAUACAAUUUAAUUUAUUUUUUUUUUUUUUUUCAAGUAUAGAUUGUGUUCUGAAAACACUUUUUUGUACAAAAUUUAGAGAUGAUUCCUUAAUGAUGAAAAUAAUGUCAAUUUUUUAUUACCACCACUAUGUUGGUUUUUUUUCUAUCGUUUCUGUUUUUCAUGAAACUGCUUCAAAGGUGGUGUUUUCAAAAUGAUGAGGUACGUAUUGGCAUUUAUGUAUAUUUGUUUUACCAUUUAUAUUCUUGGAUUAUGUAUGCAGAUAACAACUGUAUAACUGUUCAUUUGAAUAUUGAAGAACAUCAAUGUUAUUUAGGUAUUUGGAAAAUAAGUAUUUUUACUAAGUGUGAAUAUAGCUCUCUGUCAAGAGGCUUCGUAGCAACUGAGAUGCAAGUGUUUUAUGUAAUGCGUUUGAAACUACUUAGAACAAAAAUAUUUCAACUGGUUACCAUGCACUACUUCAAAUAUAGUGCAUGCAUUAAUUGUCAUAAGACCUGACAUUGUGUACAUUACAUGGCAGUGAACGGCAAGCUUUACUGUUUUGCCAAAAUUUCCACAAACUUGUGGUCCAACUAUUAGAUAUACAUAACAGCAUUGCACUAACACUCUAGCUUAUAUGUAGGUUCCAAAGCCUCUGCUCAUUUGUCAAAGUAGGAGUUCUCGUUUGCUGAUACGUAUAGUGUGGACCAACAAUGUUUCUAAGAUUUAGGAUUUACCUCUUAAAAAGGCUUUCCUUGACUGAAUUUUUUUUUUAUAGAUGAAAGGAGCUUCUAAGAGGGCUUUCGCUGGUGUGUGAUUGGUUUUGAUAUGAUGUCUAGUGUCCUUAUGAAGUAUUUUCAUGAAAAUAAUGCAAGAUUUACAAUGUUUCGUUCCUUUUCCUAUGACAUCUAAUGUAAUUAGCUCCUUUUUUUUUUUUACCUUGUACAUGUAUGUACUGUUGUGAUUUUGGCCACUUUAAAACCUCAAAACCAAACAUACUAGCUUGAAAGAAAUAUGUACCUAAAGACUGCUCAGUUUUUUGUCAACCUUGAACAUCAAGGAUAGUUAGAAGCUUCCCAGAAGCUCAUAAUUGAUACUGUAUUUUGCAUCUGUUGUUGAGGAAUCUAAAAGAAAUGUCAAGGGUAUGGACAGAAGCAUUAGACAUUAAUUUAUUGCAAAAGCCUCUGUUUGCCCAGCUUUGGUGAAUUGAAGAAAGUCUCACUGUAAUUUUUUUUUUAAGUAAUAGCAAUAUUUUUUAAAAAUUUUAAAUGUGUUUGAAAUUUCACUAGAUAUAAGAAGUGAGUGACUGUGUGUUUGUUUUAAUUUCUUUUUUCAUUCCACUCUUUGCUUUCAGGAAAGCAUAUUGUUUUAUUAUGUACAUGGUGAGGGAAAACCAUAUAUAAAUGGUUUCAUUUUACUUUUUUGGAGGGAGGUUUUUAUUUCUCUUUCAAACUAGUUGUAAACACUGAGGAGUGUUUUGUAAGAUAGGUUGUUAAUUCAAGGUUGUACACAAGAAAUUUUCAGUAGUCGUUUUUUUAUUUUUUUUAUUUACACAAAAUGGAAAUAAUUUUUGCUUCAUUCUUCUUGAUAAGGGGAUUUUAAUUCCUUUGGUGUGGAAAACCACUCAAGGUUUUAUGACAUACAAAAAUUUAAGCUCUUGGUCAAAAGUACUUGAGGUUAAGAUUUUUUCAAAAGUCUGUAUGCUUGCUGCUUUAGGAAUAAGAUUGUUCUUCAUCCAAUCCCCUCAUUCCUUCAAGCUGAUUUCAUUUUCAAAUUUGGCCAGUCUUAAUGUAAUGUAAGAGGAUUUCACACAUGGUGGAACCUUUGUAACCAUCUGUAAAUUUGUUUUCCCAUAAGACAAUAAUGACACCUGUGUAAGACUUCCACCUAUAAAUCAACACAUCAUAAAGGAUGUGUGAACUUGUAUAACGUUUGAAACUAGUACUUCAUGUUUCAUAAGUACAAACAUCUCAUUUAUUUUUAAUAAGUUGUGCUCCUCCCAACCUUAUCUGUAGAAGAAACUAAUUUAUCUUGAGCUCACAAAGGCUCCAGAUAACCAGCAGUGAGAUUUGGUGGCCUCUCUUUCCCUUAGUGGCAGAUACCAAACUGGAAGAUGACUUGUCUCUUAAUUCAAGAGUGAUUCCACAUCUUGGUUAAUUUGUUGCAAAGUGAGAGCAAUAUAUAUAAACAAAAUAAGAUGUUUGUAUCAUGAAGUAAAAUUUCGUUGAAAGCUUAUAUAUUAAUUUGAUGUGUAAUAUACUUGAUGUAUUAAAUGGGGGUUAGGCUUUGCAGUGAACCAAAUUUUGGCAUUUUUUUUUUUUUUUUUGUCAUAUCAUGACAUUUAUCAUUGGUACUUAUCAAAUUAUUGCUGAUAAUUGUAAUUUAGAUGUACAUACUGAAACAUUCAGUGGCAAGUAGAAAUGAGGUUUAAAGUCUAAAUCUUAAAAAUUUGUUGGUUUUGAUUUAUGUUUGCCCAUAAUUAAUAGCUUGACCAUUUACUAUUACUCUGCUUUAUUUACUGACAAGAGUUUUAUAAUUGUUGCAGUAUGUAAUGCCAUAUGAUCAGCUGCAGGGUAGAGGUUUUUCUGAUUUUUUUAUCCUGACCAAUAUUAUUGGGUUGUUCUCAACCCUUUUUUUUUAUGGGUGAAUUCCACUUGUAGAUUAAGAAUAUUAUUUUUAUGAUAAUGAGUUUAACCAGUUUCACUUCUGAUCCAGGUAGUAUUGAUAAUGUUGACUUCGGUUACCAAGUGAUUAUGUCAGGACAGUCAGGAUAGUAUUUCAUUCUUGGUUUCACUGCUGUUUUAACUAACCUUGUUACAAUUUAGGUACUUUUGUAAGUUGUAACUUACUUGAUGGGAUUUCUGAGUUGCAUGGCAUUUUUGGGGCUUUUAAAAGCUACUUACCAAAACUAAAAAAAUGCUAUUGACCAAAAAAUUAAAGUCUAAUUGAAGAGAUUAAAUAGUUUAUUGUUAUGGUAACUAUUUACUAGGUAAAUUGAACUAACCAUUGUUACUUAAGAAGUUACAGUUAGAACUUACACAACUGUUGCGCUUUUUAUUUGGGGCAUAUUCUCUCGAAGUAUUCAGUAUGAAGAAAGUUCAUUCAUUCUAAUAAAGGAGCUUUCUUGAUAUCUCUAGUUUUGAUGUUUUGUUGACAGGACUUUGUUAAGCUGUUCUUGUAAAUGUAAUGUGGAUUAAAUCCAAGCUGUAUUCUCUCUUGAAGAUUUCAGUUGUCAGUAAAUGUACCUUUUAUGUUUUGUGUAAUGAUUACAUGUUGUGCAACCCUAAAAGCUUAAAAUAUUUGCAGGUAAUGUCUUCAUGACAAAUGACUUGUACCUUUCAUUAUUUUACAAGUACAAAUUCUGGUUGUACAGGUGAUCUGUACUUUUGUUUUUGAUGCAGUUUCUCAUAUAUUGUUUUAUCUUAUUGGUGCUAUUUGCUAAGAAUUCUAUUUUCAGAUUUCAUUACUAUAUAAAUUAUUGUUCUUUGGCCAAAUGUUAUCAAAUUGUGUUCAAUAUGACUGCAAAAAUAUAACUGAAAAUUUUUCUAGUAAGACCUGAAAUGAAAGUGAAGCAUUAGUUUUUAGAUUUAUUGCCUAAUUUGAAGGUAUUGAUAUUGUGUAGAUUUUGCUGGACAUUCUUUCAAGUUCAUUGCCUUCAAAAUUGUGAAUGGCACUCGGUAAUGUUUGUGUUAGCAAUUGUUUUCAGUUCUUUCAUAAUUACUAGAAAGUUUGCUUUAGUCUUCCCUUCUGUUCAAAAAAUCAAAUGCAGACCUUGUUUGUAGUAGACUACUGUAAUAUCCUUUUGUGAUAGUUUUACUCUUAUUUGUUUUAGAAUAAACCACUGCCAGCAUUUCCCUUGCAAUAUUCUAUAUAGAACCAGUAGUUACUGGAGUUUGCUGAAGAUAUAACAAGAUUUCUGCAUCUAAUUUUUAUACCUAUAUAAACAUGUAGAACGUGGAGUCUUUUUUUCUCUAUUCCCUUGUAUGGAAUAUAUUUUUCCAUUGCCUUAACACCACAAUACCUAUGUUGAAAUAUUGUGUUCUCGUUAGAAAAGUUGACUGGGCUGGGUAUACGAUGGGAAAGGUUCACUAAAGGAAAUUUUUUGUUAUUUAUCUCAGUCAACAAGUGAUUGUUAUGUACUUCUUGAAAUAUGGGAAAACUGUUUCGGUUGUUAAUUGGAUGAGGACUUGCUACGUUUCACGGUUUGAGGAAAAUUUUUACUCUUCAUGUGCCAUCUUUUUUGCAGAGUAUUUAUUUGAAAUUUAUUUUUGAAAAAUUUAUUUAUGCUCCUUUUUUUCUUUUUUUUAAAAAAAGGUGAAAUUUUCUUGCAUGCCUAUGUUAUUUUAAGUGCAAUUAAUAUAUUUUAACAUCAAUAAAAAUGUAUUUCGUUACUUGCAUAUGUAUUAUGUAGACUUAUUAAAAUAUAUUGUUUUAAAAUUCA